AUGGUAAAUGGGUUCAACGACCAGCGAAAAGUCGCGCCUUUCCCUCUCCUUAGCUCCUCCUCCUCCUCCUCCUCCGCCCUCCUCCGCCCGAGCAGCGCCGCCGGACAUGGAUCUCUAGAGAGCUCCGAUUGGGAGCUGGCCAUGGCGAUGGAAGUCUUGCAGAACGCUUCGCUAUUGCCGGCUUCGGAGCUCAUCUCGCGCGUCAUCGAGGAUGCCUUCGAAACCAUCCACGCCGCGCGCGACGUCCUCAUCGAGCGUCAGUCUUUCACUGAGUUCUCCUCUUACCUUGAGCGCCUCCUUCCCGUCCUCCAAGAUAUCCUCACACGCCCCCCAGCCGCCUCCGCCGCCCUGGCCGCCUCGGCCGACGCGCUCCGCCGCGAGAUCAAGGCAGCGCGCGCUCUCGCCUCCGAGUGCGGGAAGAAGAACCGGCUCUAUCUCCUUCUAAACUGCCGGCGCAUCGUCAAGCGGCUCGAGACCUCCACUCGAGAGAUCAGCCGCGUCCUUGGCCUCCUCCCUCUUGCUUCUCUCGAUCUCUCAUCCGGCGUCAGCGAUGAGAUAAAGGAACUCUGCGAGAUAAUGGAACGGGUCGAGUUCCGCGUCGCCGUGGCUGAAGAGGAAAUCCUUGAAAAGAUCGAGUCCGGUGCUCAAGAUCGGAGUCCCGGCCGUGCUUACGCGAAUAGCUUGCUGACUCUCAUCGCGGACGCCAUGGGGAUACCUAAAGAUCCGUCGUUGCUCAAGAAGGAGCUCGAUGAGUUCAGGAGCGAGAUAGAGGAUACAAAGUUGAGGAAGGAUCUCGCAGAAGCCAUGCAGAUGGAGCAGAUCAUUGCAUUUCUCAGUAGGGCGGAUGCCGCAUCAUCUUUUGAGGAGAAGAUGGUGAAGUAUUAUAGUAAGAGAAACUCUUUGGGUAGCCAGCCAUUAGAGCCUUUGGAGUCCUUCUAUUGCCCAAUUACAAGGGAUGUCAUGGAGGAGCCUGUUGAGACUUCCUCCAGGCAGACAUUUGAGAAGAAGGCAAUUGAGAAAUGGUUUGCAGAUGGGAAUUCUGUUUGUCCAUUGACUAUGGUUCCAUUGGACACCAGUGUUCUCCGGCCUAAUAAUAGUCUUAGGAAGGCUAUUGAGGAGUGGAAGGAGAGGAAUACUAUUAUUGUUAUCGCCUCAAUAAAGAGCAAGCUUGAAUGGUGUGAUGAACAGGAUGUAAUGGACUGCUUGAGGAAGCUGCAAGAGCUCUGUGAAGAGAAGGAGUCAAAUCGGGAAUACAUGGUGCUUGAGAAUUAUUUGCCAAUUCUUGUUGGGUUUCUUAGUCGGAGCAAUUCUCAGAUAAGGAGUCGUGCCUUGUCCAUACUAUGCAUUUUGGCAAAGGAUAGCUAUGACAACAAGGGAAAAAUUGCUGAAGUGGAUAAUGCUAUUGAAUCUAUUGUUCGUUCCCUUGGGCGGCGCAGUGAGGAACGCAAGUCAUCAGUGGCAUUACUGUUAGAACUCUCAAAAAACAAUAUGGUUCGGGGCAGUAUUGGGAAGGUCCAAGGGUGUAUUCUUCUUCUGGUGACAACUUCGAACAAUGAUAGCAAUCAAGCUGCUAAUGAUGCAAAAGAGCUUUUGGAGAAUCUUUCAUUCCUUGAUGAGAAUGUUGUGCAAAUGGCUAAGGCGAAUUAUUUUAAACCAUUAUUGCGACAGCUUGAUUCAGGAUCAGAUGAUGCAAAGAAGAUUAUGGUUUCCACUUUAGCUGAAAUGGAGUUGACUGAUCACAGUAAAGGUACUCUGUUUAAAGAUGGAGCUCUGCAGCCUCUUCUUAAAUUGAUUUCACACACUGAUACUGAUUUAAAAGUAGCAUCUGUUAAGGCUCUUCAAAAUCUCUCAAGUUUGCCUGAGAAUGCUCUGCAAAUGAUAAGGGAAGGUGCAGUUCGUCCACUCCUUGAUCUCUUACACCAUCAUAUAUCUUCAUCCCCUAGUUUACAGGAGCAAGUGGCUGCUACUAUAAUGAAUAUAGCUGUGUCAGCAAAGGAAUUGGACAGCAAUGAAAACUUUGUUUUACUGGAGUCUGAUGAUGACGUGUUCUGGCUUCUCUCCCUGAUUAACUUUACAGGGUCAAAUAUACAACGUAGCAUUCUUAGAACAUUUUGUGCUUUGUGUGAGCUUCCAACAGGGACAACCAUCAGAGCUAAGCUGAGACAGUGUUCUGCAAUCCAAGUAUUGAUCUCCCACUGUGAGCGCAAUGAUCUUGUGCUGAGGGCAAAUGCUGUCAAGCUGUUGUCCUGCUUGAAUGAAGAUGGAGAUGAUGCUGCAACAUCUGAGUUCAUGGAACAGAGUUUCCUGAAAACUUUGCUGUCAAUUAUACAGGAUUCCGUUGAUGAGGAAGAGAAGGCUUCAGCAUUGAGCAUCAUCUCCAAUCUUCGCAGUGGCUACCCUCAGAUUCAUCAAUGGCUUGUAGAUGCUGAAGCAAUCCCCAUUAUUAUUGGAUGUUUAAAAGAUACAAGGCCAUAUGUCUCAUCUAAGAAUCAGCUUCUAGAGAAUGCUGUAGGUGCGUUAUGCCACUUUACACUGUCAACAAACCUUGAUUUCCAGAAGAGGGCAGCUGAACUUGGUGUGAUCCCAUUGUUGGUGCAGUUGUUGGGAUAUGGAACAGCUUUGACUAAGAAAUAUGCAGCCACCUCACUAGCUCAAUUUUCAGAAAGUUCGCCUGGUCUGAGUCGACGAAUACGGAAGCAUACUGGUUUUUUAUGCUGUUCAGGGCCACAGGAAACCGGUUGUCCAGUACAUAUGGGUAUUUGUUCGGUGGUAUCAUCAUUUUGUCUUUUGGAGGCUGAUGCAGUGGGGCCAUUAGUAAGACUUCUCACAGAAAUGGAUCCCAAAGUGUGCGAAGCUUCUUUAAGGGCUCUGUCAACACUUAUAGAAGGUGAGCGCCUUCAAAGUGGAUUUAAAAUUCUUUCAGAUUCGAAAGCUAUUCUUCCAAUGAUAAAGCUAUUGAGCUUGGACUCCCCUGAUUUGCAACUGAGUGUUUUGCAUAUCUUGGAGAGGAUAUUCACGCUAGAGGAUUGCCGAAGGAUGCAUGGCAUGGCAGCACAAAUGCCUUUGGUUGAUAUAACUCAAAGAGGAACUGGCCCAAUUCGACCUCUGGCAGCUCGAGUGCUUGCUCAUUUGAAUGUGCUUCAUGAUCAGUCUUCGUAUUUUUGAAAGACAAGUGAGGAGUUUCUUUGUUGGUUGUCGCCGAUGAAAGACGAUGGGAGUCAACCCUAUACCCGGUGAAUUCUCUCAAAAUCUAUUUCAAAUGACCUCAAAGUUUUCGGUCAUUACUGAGGAAGAGGAAGCUGCAUGAUGACAUGAUCACCGGACUUGUAAUUUAUUAGAAGGAAAUCAAAAGAAGCAUGCAUUCAUUCGAGUUCGAGGAAACAAUUUGUCACAUAAUUGAGUAAUUUUUCGAUAUCUUUGCGCAGUGAAUGCGUUGGUAUCAGCCGAAGAAGACAUUGGUGAAACUUUGGUUUAUGAAGGUCAGUACAUAGCGUUAGUAUUUAUUUCUCAAUUCUUGGUAGAUAAAUUUGUUCAAUUCUCUUAGACCUAGCAAAUGGUAUAGUUACCAUAUGUACCAUGUAAAUUGUUUGUUUUACUGUGCGAUUGUUUGAAUGAGUUGUGUGAUUACUGGUGAUACUUACAUGACUGGAUUUUUUUUUUACAGUAAUUGUUAGUGUUAAACACAAUAUAUAAAGUAUCAUCUCGGUGGUAUAUACGAACUUUGAACUAACAAAAAUAAGAGAAACUGUGUUUUUAUUUA